GCAGGCAAUAUGGCUGUAGCUUUCGAGUUUCGCUGGUAGUGUGCGGUGCUCACAACGUUUACUAGUACUACGAAAUAUUUUCCGACGCCUUCAAAGUUUCACAUUUGAUUUUUUAGUGUUUAUUCUUUCUGUUUAUGUACUUUUAGUCAAAAUUGUGUUGUGAAAAUUCUGAUUUUUCAUUUCUGUCGUCACCAGAAUUCAUGCGACGACAAAAUGGCGUCCCUUGACAGAAUUUUACUGCAAAAUAGUUUUUCAUAUUUCUUUGGAAUUAAACAUAGAUAUGUUGUUUAAAACAAUGAAAAGUGUUUUCAUAACUUUUUCUUCAAUGAAAUUUAUGCAAUUAUCUAAAAUUUCUUGCUAAUUAUAUAAGUAAUAGCGUGUUACUUUAAUUUUCUGCAAAAUGCUUUUGAACGGAUUCAUGAAUGAAUCUGGCAGUGAGUCUACCAGCGAGAAAGGAGAAAAGAGUGAUUCAAGUGGCUCGGGUUCUGGCAGUGAAAGUGAUAGUGGAUCCAGUUCAUCUGGGUCAGGUUCUGAAAAAUCUUCAGCUGGAGAUAGAUCCCAUCACAGUGAUGAUACCAAGUCCUCACCAAAACAUAGCAAUCCCAAUUCUUCGAAAUCUGAUCACCAUACAGAUAAAGACAGUACUGGUGAUGAUUCACCAUCAAAACCACAGUCUAGAAAUAGUCAUGGAAGAGUGAAAUCAGACCUUUGGGAAGACAAUCCGGAUAUAUAUGGUAUCAGAAGAUCUGCCAGGUCACGAAAAGAGCCUGACAGACUCAAACUAGCUGACAGUGAUUCUAGUGAGAGGGGUAGAACUCACAGUCGAAAAAAUAGGAAAAGAAGCAAUUCAUGGAAUUCGGACUCAUCAGACAGUGAUAGUGACUUGAAUGGGUCUCCACCACCACCCUCAAAACGACCUGGCCAAAGAAGUGUACCACUGAGAAAAAAGAAACCAGCCCGAAGAAGAUUCACUAGUGAAGAAGAUGAAAGUACUGAAGGCUCCGAUGAGGAGGCAAAAAGUCGAACAGCCACAAGACGCACAGGUGCUGCAGUUAGUUAUAAAGAAGCUAGUGAUGAACAAACUGAUUCUUCAGACCUUUUGGAAGUAGAAGGUGAGGGUGAUGCUGAAGCAGGCGAACCAGAGCCAGAGGAACACUGUGAAACUAUAGAGAGGGUUCUUGGCUAUAGACGUGGAAAGAAAGGAGCUAAUGUCUUCUUAUCAUUGUGCAGUCACUGGCAAUGUGACAACAGUGUAUUAUAUAGAAGAAAAUGGAGAUCCCAAUGAAGGAUGUGAUCCUAAUGAUGAAGAAUCAACUGAACCACAGUACCUGAUCAAAUGGAAGGGAUGGUCUCAUAUACACAAUACAUGGGAAUCUGAAGCAUCACUUAAUGAACAAAAAGUUAAAGGCCUUAAAAAGUUAGAAAAUUAUAUUAAGAAAGAAGCUGAAUUAUCAUGGUGGAGACAACAGGCAGGUCCAGAGGAUAUAGACUAUUAUGAAUGUCAAGCUGAAUUACAACAAGAAUUAGUAAAGACUUAUAACAAUGUAGAGAGAAUAAUAGCGGAACAAACAAGGGAACUGGAAACUGGUGGAACUGCUCAUGAGUAUUUUUGCAAAUGGGAGUCCCUUCCUUAUGCGGAUGCAACUUGGGAAGAUUCAAGUCUUAUUAACAGGAGAUGGCCACUAGAAGUGGAGCAUUUCAAGUACAGAGAGGCUGCUAAGACUACUCCUUCAAGACAUUGUCCAGUCUUGAGAAGACGUCCCAAGUUUCAUCAAGUCAAGGAACAGCCUGAUUAUAUGGGCAAAGACCAGACAUACACAUUGAGAGAUUAUCAGAUGGAUGGGUUGAAUUGGAUGAUACAUUCCUGGUGUAAAGAUAACUCUGUCAUCCUUGCUGAUGAAAUGGGUUUAGGUAAAACUAUACAAACUAUUUGUUUUCUCUACUACCUCUUCAAAACUCAACAGUUAUAUGGACCAUUCCUAUGUGUUGUACCUCUAAGUACUAUGACAGCGUGGCAAAGAGAAUUCCAGCAAUGGGCGCCUGAUAUUAACGUAGUCACAUAUAUUGGUGACGUUGUUAGCAGAGAUAUUAUACGCCAGUUUGAAUGGAGUUUUGCAAGUUCUAAAAGACUCAAGUUUAAUGCAAUUUUAACUACAUACGAAAUUCUACUCAAAGACAGACAAUUUUUGAGAUCAUUUAGUUGGGCAUGUCUACUUGUUGAUGAAGCGCAUAGAUUAAAAAACGAUGACUCAUUAUUGUAUAAGGCUCUAAAGGAAUUUGACACAAAUCAUCGCCUACUAGUCACUGGUACUCCUUUACAAAAUUCUCUGAAGGAGUUAUGGGCACUUCUUCACUUUAUUAUGCCUUACAAGUUUGAAUCUUGGGAAGAUUUCGAAAAAGAUCAUGAAGAUGCUGCAACCAAAGGAUAUGAAAAGUUACAUAAACAAUUGGAACCUUUUAUUUUACGACGACAGAAAAAAGACGUGGAAAAGUCUUUGCCUGCUAAAGUGGAACAAAUAUUGAGGGUGGAAAUGACUUCAAUUCAGAAACAAUACUACAAAUGGAUCCUCACAAAGAAUUAUAGUGCCUUGCGCAAAGGAGUGAAAGGAUCCAUAAACACGUUUAUAAACAUUGUGAUAGAACUGAAGAAGUGUUGUAAUCAUGCACUUUUGACUAAACCUGAAGAUUUUGAAUCCAGAGCAUCGCUAGCCACAACAGAUGCUGUUGAAAAACUUCUGAGAGGCUCAGGAAAAUUACUCCUAUUAGAUAAACUUCUCUGCAGGCUAAAAGAGACUGGCCACAGAGUAUUGAUAUUUUCUCAAAUGGUCAGGAUGUUGGACAUAUUGGCUGAAUAUUUACAAAGGAGACAUUUUCCGUUCCAACGCCUCGAUGGUAGUAUAAAAGGGGAAAUAAGAAAGCAGGCUCUAGACCAUUUUAAUGCUGAAGGAUCUCAAGAUUUUUGCUUCUUAUUAUCGACGCGUGCCGGUGGGUUGGGCAUCAAUUUAGCGACAGCAGAUACCGUCAUUAUUUUUGACUCUGACUGGAAUCCUCAAAAUGAUUUGCAAGCACAGGCUCGGGCGCAUAGAAUUGGGCAAAAAAAUCAAGUCAAUAUUUACCGAUUAGUCACAGCAAGAUCAGUAGAAGAAGAUAUUGUAGAAAGAGCUAAAAGAAAGAUGGUUUUAGAUCAUCUGGUCAUUCAAAGGAUGGAUACGACUGGCAGAACUGUGCUCAAUAAGAGGGACGGGGCUACUGCUACUACUGCCAAUAACCCAUUCAACAAAGAGGAUUUGAAUGCCAUUCUUAAAUUUGGUGCUGAAGAAUUGUUCAAAGAUGACGAGGAGAAUGACGAGGACCCUGUCUGUGAUAUUGAUGAAAUUCUGCAACGGGCAGAAACGCGGGACGAAGGCCCGACGAUGGCUGGCGAUGAAUUGUUGUCCGCGUUCAAAGUCGCCAGCUUUGCCUUCGACGAAGAAAAAGCUGUUAUGGAAGUCAAGAAAGAAUCUGUGGAAGAGGAAACCAAAGACUGGGAUGAUAUUAUACCAGAGAAUGUGCGCAACACUAUUGCAGAGCAAGAGAAAAAUAAGGAAAUGGAAGAUUUGUACUUACCACCAAGAAGGAAAAACUUACAACAGAAUAACGCCGAUGAAAAAGGAGGUAGGUCGCGGCGGACGGGCGAGGGCGGCGCGGAGGGCGAGGCGGAGGGUGAGGCCGACAGCGACGCCUCGUACGAGGUCAGCGCCGACGACGACCGUCCGCGCAAGCGUGGUCGCCCACCCGCCUCGCAUCGGGAGAAGAUCAAGGGAUUCACCGACCAGGAGAUUCGGCGUUUCGUAAAGAGCUACAAAAAGUUUUCUGCGCCGUCGAAACAUCUGGAUAGCAUAGCUUGCGAUGCUGAACUCCAAGAGAAGCCUUUAGCAGAACUCAAGAAAUUAGGAGAGAUGCUGGAGGAAAGAUGUAAAGCAGUGUUGAAUGACACAUCCGAAGCAGCCAAUGAACCUAGUGAGGGUAAGAAAAAUGCAAGAAAAACAUUCAAGCUUGGUGGUGUACCGGUAAAUGCUAAGACAAUGGCUGCUUGCUUGGAGGAACUUGCGCCUUUAGAUGUUUUCUUGCCAGAUACAAAAGAAGAGAGAUUAAAAUGGCAGUUAGACUUCAGAACAAGGCCUGCUAAUUUUGAUUGUGAAUGGGGAGUUCCGGAUGAUUCUAAAUUGCUUGCAGGUAUAUACCAAUAUGGUAUGGGUUCGUGGGAAGCUAUUAAAAUGGAUUCUUCAUUUGAAAUAGGAGAUAAAAUCUUGACCAAUGAAGACAAGAAACCUCAAGCGAAACAUUUGCAAUCACGCGCCGAGUAUUUGUUAAAAGUCAUAAAGAAAUUGUUAGACCAGAAGAAUGGUAAGCAAAAACAGAAAAAGCCACGAAUGAAAAGAGGGAACAAAGAACCUGUCACAAAAGAUAUUGUCGAAGAUGAUGGUAGUUCUGCAGAUGAAAAGAAAGGAAAGACUGCUAAAAAUGAUAAAUCAGAUAAGGGUAAAUUAAAAUUAGAAGAUAUAUCUACUCACGACGAGACUUCAAACGAUAAAAAAGACAGAGAUAAGAAGCGCACGAGGAAAGAUAGCAAUCGGCCUAAAGGCGAAAAAGUGAAAGGGCGGAAGAAACCAGCGGGACCCAUGCAUUUCACUGCCAACAACGAGCCUAGAGCCCUAGAAGUGCUCGGGGAUCUUCAUCCUUCAGUGUUUGAGGAAUGCAAGGAGAAAAUGAGGCCAGUAAAAAAAGCCCUGAGAGCUCUUGAUAACCCUGAUCAAACAUUGUCAGAGUCAGAACAAGUAACCAGAACACGAACUUGCCUUGCACAAAUAGGUAACCAGAUAGAUAUAUGUUUGGAGGCGUAUCCAGACCCUGAGAAGAAAGUUGAAUGGAGAAGUAAUCUCUGGUAUUUUGUGUCGAAAUUUACGAAUUUUGAUGCAAAACAAUUGUACAAAUUGUAUAAAUAUGGUCUCAAAAAGACUGAAGGUAAACCAAAAGCUGGAAAACACAAAGAAAACUUGAAGGCAAACAAUAGGAAUAAUCACAAUUCUAACAAUCAUGUAAAAUCAAAUAAACGGGAACUGAAGAAUGACGAAGCCAAUGAAAAGAAAGAGAAAAGAUUAAAAGUUGAAAAGAGAGAGAAACCAGAAAAAACUAAUGAUAAAAUACCACACUCUUCUGGAGUUAAACGAAAGCUGGAGGAGGGAGAGUGUGACCCAGAAUCCAAUGAGAAUAAACGACAUGAAAGACAUAAACACAAGCACAAGGAUCGCAAGGAUAGAGAUAGGAGCCUGAAGCGGGACGAUUUGAUGUACAGAGAGCGGCGGACGGAGCGCUCGCGGGACCGGGAGCGGGACCGGGACCGAGAGCGGGACCGCGAGCGAGAGCGGGACCGCGGCGAGCGCUCGCGGGACCGGGAGCGCACGCGGCGGGACAGCGGCGGCCCGGGCCCGGCGCGUCCGCGCGGGCCCUACGCGGCGCCGCACGCCGACCACGCCGCCUGGACGCCCCCCGCCUACCCCGGCCCUCGCCAGGACCCGCGCUACCGUCCCGACCGUAACCCCCGCCCUCACGAUAAAAGACGGUAUGGCGUCGGUGGAUUCGGCGGCAUGGCAGGGCCUUACGGCGCAUACUACGAUGGCACCACGAUGCCGAGCGGUAUGGGCUUUCCCCCCGUGCGGCCCUACCAGGACGACUGGCGGGGAUACCCCGCAGACUAUCCCUACGAGGAGCGCGACUAUGAGCGUGAGGUGUAUAGGAGGGACUAUGAUCGGCGUGCGCCUCCCACUUAGACAAGCCGAAAGUAGAUAUAGGGUUCUUGUAAAUAAGUGUAUUUCUUUUGUAAAUAGUAUGUAGUCUGUAGUAGAUCUCUUUCCGUGGACGCUGGUUUGACCGUAAACUGUAAAGUGUAAGUGACAAAAUAGUGCUGUGGUUUUUAUCUAUGUGAUAAGCAAAGCGCAUCGAUUUCAAAUAGAGACGUUUAUUAUUAUUGUGACUGUGUUUUAUAAGUAAGACUGUAUAGCAAAUUUAUUUAUUACCGAAUCUGUCGAUUGAUUGUUGAUGUACAGAUUUUAGACUAAAUACCAAUAUUUUUUUUAUAUUAACUCAAUUUUGUUGCCAAUUUUACUGGUUUUAAAUAAUAUUUUUUUAAAUCUGUAAUCUGAUUUUCUAUUUAUUUCAAGCCUAUUAAAUGAUUUAUGUAAUUAUCUUGGCAGAAACACAGGUGAUAUAAACAUAGGUCUUAGUAAAUGUACAAAAUUUAGCUAUUGUUAGUAAGUUUGCAUAUAAUUCAGAAUCAUGUGCAAUUUCAGAAAAUUGUGUAUAGCUUAGAGAGGGGCACAUAAAAUUUGUCAUUGCAUUUUUGGCAGUGAACAGGAAAGAGUUUGAUUUGUGCAUUCAUUUCUCAUUCUACAUGCAUUUCCGAGUCUCGGAUGGACUCGUACAGUCCUAUUUUUAUACAUUAUGUAAAGUCUUAUUCUCUGUUACAUGCGUUAUGUUAUGUAAUAAGAGUUAACGUCUUAAUGGUUAUAUACCAUGAUAAUAAACAUAUUAAAGUUGAA